GCUGACUGACAAAUUUGGAUUUGGAUAUCCAUUUGCACCACCCCUUCUCCUUCCUAUAUAUACAUAUGUGUAUCGGGGUAUGAAUAUGAUACAAACACAUUUGAGGCCAUGGCAAAAGCUGUGCUCCUCCUCUCCCUGCUGCCCUUGCUGCUGCUCUUUUGGUGUGUCGCCCAGGCCCAGCUGGCCAAGGAGUUCUGCGUGGCCGACCUGGCCAGCAGCGACACGCCGGCAGGCUACCCGUGCAAGCCCCAGGCCGCCGUCACCGCCGACGACUUCUACUACCGCGGCCUGGGCACCACAGGCCCGACCGUGAACCCCUUCAAGAUCAGCUUGUCCUCGGCCUUCGUCACCAGCUUCCCCGGCGUGAACGGGCUGGGCAUCUCCGCGGCGCGCGUCGACUUCGCGGUGGGAGGCGUGGUGCCGCUGCACUGGCACCCGGCGGCCACGGAGCUCAUCUUCGUGGUGGAGGGCACCCUGUCGUGCGGCUUCAUCAGCGCCACCUCCAACAACAGGGUCUACACCAACACCCUACACAAGGGCGACAUCAUGGUGCUCCCACAGGGCCAGCCGCACUUCCAGUACAACCUCGGCAACACCACCGCCGUCGCGCUCUCCACGUACAGCAGCCCCAACCCCGGCGUGCAGACCCUCGACUUUGCGCUCUUCGCCAACAACCUCCCGUCGGAGGUGCUCACCAAGGUCACCCUCCUCGACGACUUGCAGGUCAGGAAGCUCAAGGCGCUCUUCGGCGGCACCGGAUGAGCCUCCGCUCUUCUCCAUCGCUCCCCGGGGUUGAAUUCAACUUGAAUUCGUCGUGCUAGUGCUUCUCCGGCUUGAUUUACUUUAUUCUAUCAAUCUUUUAAAAUAUUUUAUUAUUUAUAUGCAUGUAUGUAUGUGGGGUCAAAUUUUCGAAUAUUUUUUCAGAA